GACAUUAACAUUCGGAGAAUUUGUGGACGCACCUGACUGUUGGAGACGGUAGACCGGGCCCGGCAUUCUAACACGGACGGGUUUUUCAUAUUUGGCUGACGAUCAGCGUAUAUUGUGGUUAUUCAACUAUCGGGGGAGUGAUAUGAUUUAUCACUGUAAAUAAACCAGGAUGGCAAGUUCAGGAAGGUUGUUAGUUGCGGCUAUAGAUUUUGGCACCACUUAUUCGGGAUACGCAUUUUCGUUCCGACACGAGUUUGAAACUGAUCCCUUGAAGGUCAGCGCCAGUACCUGGACUGCAGGGUCAAGGGCAUUGGUGUCCCUGAAAACUCCCACGACGGUACUCCUGGACAAAGAUAAAAAUUUCCAUUCCUUUGGUUACGAAGCUGAGGACUACUACUCCCAGUUAGCGGAAGAUGAUGACCAUGGUGAUUGGUACUAUUUCCGUAGGUUUAAGAUGAUGCUGUACGGCAAGGAGGGAAAGGGAGGACUGACAAGGAAUAUCCCGUUGAAAGACAUCCGGGAUAAGGAACUUCCUGCUCUGAAAGUCUUCUCCGAGGCGAUCAAGUAUCUGAAGGGUCAUUUACUGAAGGCCCUGGAGAAGAGAGCUACAGAUGUGAAGGACACAGACAUUGAAUGGGUACUAACAGUCCCUGCUAUCUGGAAUGAUCCAGCCAAACAGUUCAUGCGUGAAGCGGCUGAAGUGGCUGGUAUCAAAAGUGACCAGUUGACCAUUGCGCUGGAGCCGGAAGCUGCCUCACUGUACUGUAAACACCUACCAGUGGAAAAGAUGGGUGGGUCAGAACAAGGCUUCACCUGUUUCUCAAAGGGCAGCAAAUACCUGGUACUGGAUGCUGGAGGUGGAACGGUGGACAUCACUGUGCACAAGGUCCGGGAUGAUGGGACACUGAAGGAGCUGGACCGUGCCAGUGGUGGCGCCUGGGGUGGCACACAAGUGGAUGAAGCCUUCAAACAGAUGAUCAUCAAGAUCGUCGGCAACCCAACCAUGCAACAGUUUUGCCACGAGCAAACUUCAGACUUUGUAGAUAUGUUUAGAGAGUUCGAGACAAAAAAACGAUGCAGUCUUGAAGAUACUUUAUCAAAAAAAGUCACAAUGAAAAUUCCUAUUGCAUUGAAAGAACUUUUUGAGGACGAAACAGAGGAAGAUAUCAAAGACGUUGUCAGGCAAAGUAGUUAUGCUGGCAAACUUGAGUGGAUUGGUGACAAAAUUCGGAUAGCACCAGAUACAUUCCAGUCUUUGUUUAACUGUGCUAUAACGGACACGGUGAGUCACAUUCAGGAUCUUCUCAGCAAACCGUCUUGUGAGGGUACAAAAACUAUCAUCAUGGUCGGGGGGUUCUCAGAGUCCCCUCUCUUACAGAGAGGUAUUCGCGAAGCCUUUCCACAGAUGAGAAUUGUCAUUCCUUACGAGUGUGGCCUUUCCGUUUUGAAAGGGGCUGUGAUAUUUGGACAUCGCCCAAAGACAAUUUCAGCCCGAAAGGCUAAAUGUACUUAUGGCAUUUCCACAAACAAGAAAUUUAAACCAUCAAGACACGAUCAUAGCAAGAAAAAGACCGUGAACGGCGUUGAUUACUGCACAGAACUGUUCGACAAACAUGUGAGAGUGGGCACUACUCUGAAGAUAGGACAGGCCCAGAGCGACCAGAAAUACAACCCCUUAUACGAGAAUCAAACCUGCCUUGAUUUCCCUGUGUACCAGUCCUCUGAAGAGGACCCUGACUACGUCACUGAUGGGAGCUGUACAUACAUGGGCAACAUGUCUGUCACCAUACCAGACACGGCGGUGGGCACCGAUAAAAGUGUCCGGGUCAAGAUGAUCUUUGGUGGCACAGAGUUAAAACUAGAGGCAAUACAAGAAAGCACAGGGAAGGUAACGGAAGCCAAAUUCAACUUUCUAGGAGAUUAAUAUUUGUGAAUAUACAUUGUUAACGACUUUAACAUUAUUUUUCUUAUAUUUUAAUUUGACGUGUUUAAUGAACAUAUCGCCUGUUAAUUGCGUUGGCGGAUGGAAAUGAUUUCAUCAAUACAAAUGUAUAAUAUGCUGAUGUUAUCUUACAAAUAAAAAUAUAGUCUCUUAUCAUAAUUAUAUGUGUUCAUGAUACGGGUUGUUCAGUCUGUGCAUACUAUUAGCUGUACAAAGGUAAUUUCCCGGGCCGACCCGUAUCUGUCAGACACGUCAUAUCCAUUCUCUAUGCGCCAUAUCUGCCCAGCAAGCGCCAUAUCUGUCCAGCAAGCGCCAUAUCUGUUUCACGUCCAUUUGAACAUAAAAACACGUCUCAUUUACUUCUGAUUUCUGUUAUCAUUAAAAAUUGUGAUUACGUUCUCAUCAUUACAAUUGUAAUAUGGCUAUUUCUAUAUCCUUCUUCGUAUUUCACCCGUCGGGCCAUCGGCCCCUCGUACUGGUAUGUUUAUACGGGAAAUGGUAUGGGAUUAAUACGGGAAAUGAUAUGGGGAAUAGUCAUGUGAUAACCUGCACCUAUGCACAAAAUAUGACACUAUAGAAAUGGGCUUACAUGUAGCAAGACAAAGGAUGAUAUCAGAUGUAAAUUGCUUUGUUACUGUAACAUACUUGUUAAAGACUCAUUGAAGAUUCUGUACAUGGUCACAUUCACACUUUCCAUUCAAACAUAUUUUGUACAUCUGUAUUUCCAAUUGGUUUUGAUGUUCAUACAUAAACUUAAGAAACUGGGCAAUACAAUACGGAAAACUGUUUAAUAAAUCAAAGUUUUCUUGUC